UGAAAGUGCGGCCGCGGCGAGGCAGUCAGUGCAUGAGCACCAGCGGCUGCUGAAUGAGCACCUCUCGGUCUUUCGCGUGCGCUGCCAGAUGAUCUCGGCGAUCUUGACCAACAUGGGCCUGGUGGAGUAUGUCCUCCUCGGCGCCAUUGUUUACUGGCUCUUCGGCAAGUUUUCCAGACCCAUGGCGGACGUGCUAAGCAGCCUGCAGCACAUAUACCAAAGCUGGGAGCGGCGAUGCCACCAAACAAAGCGGCCGCCUCUCAGCGAGGAGAAGAAGAUUUCCGCCCUAGGUCUACGAGCCUACUCGGCGGCCAAAAGAACGGCCCAGAAACAGUUCGAGGAGUCGACCAACGCCAAGUUUCGAGAGAACCAGCUGUAUCGAGCCAAGUCUGCGCCGCUCACCAGCUUCAAGUUCAAAAGCCAAAGGCCGGCGGCCCCUCUCUGCUGCAGUCACUGCGCCCCUGAUUCCAGAGACAACUUCAAAAAUGCCUCUAGACCGAUCCCCGGCCUCGAAGUGCGGAACAUCUUGCGAUUGCAAUCAGACCAUGGCCUGGUCAAAUCGUAUUUUAAACAUAUCUUCUACCACAUUUGGACUUUCAACACUUUUCCGUACCCAAAAAUAUUUUCAUCCGUCUUGAAGGAUGAGCGUGUAAUGCAAGCCGUGCAGAAAGCAGCUAGGGCCGAGAUUCUCGACUCUGGUGCAAGCGAGCUUAGCAGCCAGGAAGAGGAUAUUAAUGAGCUGCAAGAUGAAGCCACCAUGAACAGACUGGCUGAGCUGAUCAAAAAGCAUCAAAAACGGGCGUUCAAAAUCCUUAAAGUCAUGGGAUCAAACCUGAACGAUUUUCUCCUCAGGCUGACCUCAUAUGUUUUGUACAAAUUGCUGCCUCUCUUCCUAACCAAAGUGGUUGUCAACCGAGAGCAAGUGCAGCGGAUACAAGAGGCCGCCCAAUCAGGCAUUCCUCUCAUCUUCCUGCCGAAUCACAGGAGCCACCUCGACUACAUCCUGAUGACCUUCAUUCUCGUGAACGCCGGCAUCAAGGCCCCGCUUGUGGCUGCAGGAGACAACCUCAACAUUCCUCUCUUUGGGUGGUUGCUCAGAGGACUGGGUGCAUUUUACAUUAAGAGGAAAAUCGAUCCUGCCGCUGGCCGCAAGGACCACGUCUACAGAGCUGUGCUCCACACAUACAUGGUCGAGAACCUGAGGGCAGGCCACUAUGUUGAAUUCUUCAUUGAAGGUGGCAGAACCAGGACCGGCAAAGCCUGCAUGCCUAAAGGUGGGCUUUUGAGUGUGAUUGUGGACACGUUCAUGGAUGGCGUGGUGGAGGAUGCCCUGCUGGUGCCGGUGGGCAUCAACUAUGAGAAGCUGGUGGAUGGUAACUUUGUGCGCGAGCAGCUAGGCCAGCCCAAGGUGAUGGAGAGUUUCGGCAGCGCCGUCCGUUCCAUCUGGGGCGUGCUAAACUCGAGCUACGGUGUCAUGCGGGUCGACUUCAACCAGCCAUUCUCGCUGCGCGAGAUGAUCGACUCGUACCACAACCACAUUAAGAGUAGGGCAGUCACUCCAGAGACAAGUCCUGUGGAACUUCUCCCUCUGCAACGCAGCCUCUCUGUCGGCCACUACCAGGUCACAGUUCCAGGCUCCAAGAAGCUGCUGCACUCGCCGCCAUCCAGCGCCUCUCUCUACGGCACUGAUGUUGUCGUUGAGGAGCAGCGGCAUAUCGUUGAGGACAUCGCCAGGCAUGUUGUUUAUGACUCAAUUGAAGCAGUGUCGGUGAUGUCAACAAACGCAGUGGCCUUCCUGCUGCUGACCAAAUUCAGGAAUGGCACAAACCUGGAGGAACUGGCCCAAGCAUUGGACGACAUGCGGCUCGACGUUCGGGCUGCCAGCCUUGAGCUAGGCUUCUCAGGAGACUCCGUUGACGUCAUCAAUCAUGCCUUGAGCAUUCUUGGCCCUGGACUUGUGAGGAGAGAGAGACUGACAACGAACCAGGGCGACACGGUGCUCAUCAAGCCAGUCACCAUGGUGCCGAAUGUGAUAGAACUCUCUUACUACUCCAACUCCUGCCUCAAUAUCUACGUUUUGGAGGCGGUUGCAGCUACUGCCAUUUGCUCUCUCUUGCCCAAGAGUACGCUCGAGUUGGACACAGAGUACUUUGUGAGUCGAGACGAUCUAGUCAGCCGGUGCAUAGAGAUCUGCAGCGUCCUGCAGUUUGAGUUCAUCUUUGCCAAGCCAUGCCAGUCGCUGGAGACAGUGAUCCUUGACACGGUGGAGAACCUGCACCACAAGUCGUAUCUGCUGCAUGAGCAGGAGCCGCGCAAGAGGCACCUGUCCGAGGUGGACAGCGACGAGGAGGCAGACUUUGUGCCGCAGUAUGUCAGCUACGCGAUCAACUGCGAAAAGGAGUAUAGGCGGCGGCUGGGCUUCCUCUGCAGCACCAUCAGGCCGCUGCUCGAGGGCUACGCGGCUGCAGCCACCUGCCUCGGCAUCCUCGUGGGAGAGCAAAUGACGGAAAAGCAGCUCCUCGAGAGGAUCACAGCCGAGUGCGACUCUCAGUUGAAGAGCGAAUUCGCUGUCUUUGAGGAGAGUCGGUGCAUUGACCCAAUUCGCAACGCUCUGAAGAUGAUGGAGAAAUGGGAGGUGCUGGAGUGCCACUCGCAGGACAGGCUCAAAGUGUACUACCUGCGACCUGACUUUGACUCGGAGUUGAGGGUGCAGCCUGUGGUGGAAAGGCUCCGCUCGCUGGUCUGCACGGCGCCGCAGUGAGGGAGCGGCUGCUUUUCUUGAACGCGUUAUCUCACUCAAAGACUUUUCCACUUUUAACAGCAACCGUGUACUGAUACCAUUGUAGUGCCUUAUUUUAACGAUUUGCAUUGCAUAAUUCAUUUUAUAUUCGUAUGUGAUUACCGACGGACCGUUUCCCUUAGCUCAAUCAUGGCAGAUUUUCAAAAUCAUCUCUUGAUUCGGCUUGAGAACUACGUUUCCAUUCACACAAACGAUUGCAGUCUUAGCAGGGUAUGCAAAAUGACAAUAAAACAACUUCUGUGAAUGUAAAUCUGCAGCUGGUUGAAUAAUUCUAAGGCUGAAUUAAGGAAGCUAAGAAUUUUGUUGUUGUAAAUUUUCAAUGAAUAAAUUUUAUUUACAAAAAAAUGAA